CGUCGUAGUUUCCGGUAAAUUGUAGUGGAGGGGCCUCUUACAGAGGAAAAGAUUAAUAAACUAUUGCUGCUUCUGCUUCUGUUUCGUUCUGCACUUUUUCAGUUUCCUUAUGUUCUCUUAUCUCAAAGUUCCUCAGAUUCGAAUUCUUCCCAUUGCCGAAAAUGAGUUCUCAGGGGAGCGUCCGGUGAAUUUGUUGUUUUUACAUGCAUGAUCGCACCCCCAAUAUUCUUGUUCUUCAUCACCGCCAUGGUUUUAUGCCGAGGUGUUGGCACGUAUGGGUUCGUUGUUUUGGUGAGGAUUCUGAUCAAGCAACUUUGUUUUAUUGUUUUGGAGAAGCGUCUCUGUUGCGGUGGAUUCUUGAAAUUUUAAGUUUUUUUUUCCCUUGGUUUCUGGAUUGUUAUGGAUAAUAUGUAUGACAUAACUAUAGCCUCGCUGCUUGUGAAUUGGAGUGCUUAUCAGUGCUGAUACCAAACAGAGACGGAUCUCUGCCAUUUUUUCUACCUUUUUUUCUUUUUUGCAGUAGCACCACUAUAUCAGAUUCUGCUUCCAAUCACCACGGCUUUACGAUUCAGUGUGUUUCAUGUUGCCAAACAUGAAAGGAGGUCUUCCUUUUAUCCACUGCUCGUCAGGGAAGAUCUAAAGCAGCGCUUGCUGCAGAGGUCCUAUAAUGGACGCAUACUCCUCAGGAGAAGAAGUGGUUGUUAAGGUAAGGUUAAUAUCUGGCCGAGAAAAGACAAGAAAACCUUAUACAAUCACAAAGCAAAGAGAAAGAUGGACUGAGGAGGAGCAUAAUAGGUUUCUAGAAGCCUUAAAGCUUUAUGGGAGAGCAUGGCAGCGUAUUGAAGAGCAUAUAGGAACAAAGACUGCCGUGCAAAUCAGGAGCCACGCGCAGAAAUUCUUUUCAAAGCUGGAGAAAGAGGCCCUUGAAAAGGGUGUUCCAAUAGGUCAAGCUCUUGACAUUGACAUCCCUCCUCCACGGCCUAAAAGAAAACCAACUAAUCCUUAUCCUCGGAAGACCAGUACUGGCUCUCCAGCAUCACAUAAUGGAGCAAAGGAUCGCAAACUAACGUCAGUUUCACCUCCGCAUGGUAAACAAGCACUGGACUUAGAGAAAGAACCACUUCCGGAGAAAUGUAAUGGAGAUGAAAGACCAAUAAAUGUCACUGAAAAUAAGGAUGAGAACUGCUCAAGAGUAUUUGCUAUUCCACAGGCCUGUUCCACUAUAUCUUCAGCAAAAAACAGAUCAAUUUCAUUGUCAGUACCACUGAGAAACUCAUGCAUUUUAAGGGAGUUCAUACCUUCAGUAAGAGUGGGAAUUACUCGAGAUGAAACAAAUGAUUCUUCUGUCACUAUUGAACUUGAAAAUCAGAAGUGCAAAAUAGAUGAUGGAAAACCAGAACAGACAAAAGCCUCUAAGUUGGAGGGUUCUGAUGCUUCAGGUGUGAAAUUGGUUCCAAGUCAGAAAACAGAUGAUCUCAAUUGUGCAUUAACAACAGAUGGGAUACAAGACAAUCAGAAUUACCCAAGGCAUGUCCCAGUGCACGGUCUUGAUGGGAACCUGGGAACAAGUGCACAAAACCCUCCCCAAGAAAUGCUAUUACGAGACUCUAUAUUUCAGCCUGUGGGAGAGCUUAGUGGGCAACCUAAUAUUUUCACAGAUUCAGCUACGUCAAACACAAGUAAGAAUAACACACCUCAAUGUCCUAGUCAUCAAAUAUUUCCUGCUUGUCCUCCCUUCCCGCAAGUUCUCUGUAGUCAAGAUCAUUGCCAUUCAUUUUUUCACAUGUCCUCCACAUUUUCAAGCCUCAUUGUCUCCACCCUAAUGCAAAAUCCUGCAGCCCAUGCUGCAGCUAGUUUUGCUGCUACGUUUUGGCCCUAUGCAAAUGCAGAAGCUUCAGCUGAUUCUCUUGCUUCCUCUCAAGGAGGUUUCACAUCAAGACAAAUUAGCUGUCCUCCAAGUAUGGCAGCUAUUGCAGCUGCUACUGUGGCUGCUGCAACUGCAUGGUGGACAGCCCAUGGACUGCUUCCCUUGUGUGCUCCACUCCAUUCUGCUUUCUCCUCUCCUCCUGCAUCAGCGGUGGUAGUUUCUUCCAUGAAUACAGGUGAAGCACCAGCAGCUAGAAAAGAUCAGAAAGAGACUACAGUUGAGAAUCCUCCUCUGCUAGAUCAGCUGCCAAAUGGAGAAUAUUCAGAAGCUCUGCAAGCUCAACAUUCAGACUCCAAGUCGCAAGCUGUUUCUUCAUCAGAUUCUAAGAGUGGAGAUGCCAAGUUAACCACUUCACCUAAGGCUGCUGAACAUGACAAGAAUGAAGCAAUUUCUGAGCACCUUGAUUCUAACAAGACCAACGGAAGAAGACCAGUAGACCGUUCUUCAUGUGGCUCCAACACAACCUCUAGUAGUGAUAUAGAGACAGAUGCAUUAGAGAAGAAUGAGAAAGGGAAGGAAGAGUCCUUAGCACCAGAUGCAAACCACUUAACUGAGCCCAGUAACCGCCGUAGUAGGAGUGCUGGCAACCCUACUGAUUCUUGGAAGGAGGUCUCUGAAGAGGGGCGACAGGCCUUUCGGGCUCUCUUCUCCAGAGAGGUUUUGCCACAAAGCUUUUCACCACCACUCUUGGAAAAGGACAUUCAGAAAGACCACAAAAACGAGGAUCACAGGAAGAACAUGGUUGACAAAGAGGAAGACCUUGACAGCAACAAAUACAGUCCUGAUCAGGUAGGAGUAAAGAAGAACAUGCCAUUCUUAGAAUACACACAUAAAGAGGAAGGACUUUUAACGAUAGGGCUCGGACAAGGAAAGCUUAAGGCAUGUCGAACUGGGUUUAAACCUUACAAAAGAUGUUCAGCGGAGGCCAAGGAAAAUAGGGUUGGAACUACUAGUAACGAAGGUGAAGAGAAACGUCCGAAGAGAAUGCGAUUGGAGGGGGAGGCUUCCACUUGACCGCAUUUGAUAUUUGCAUGCAGUCACACAAAAUGAAAACUUUGGUUUUGCAUUUCAGUUCUAACUCCCCUUGUCACCUAUUGUUUAUUCUCUAAUUCUGCAGCUUCACGAAACUUGUGUAGGAGUGUGUACUAUAUUAAUUUUCUACAUGCUCAUAUUUACUA